AGGUGCCACAGCUGCUAUAGUGUAACAUUGGAAUGCACAAUCUGAUACUGGCUCACAGCAGUUCUACUGAAUUCAGACAAAAUUCUCAGCAGAUGUUACUCAAACUGUAUUGUCUUGGCAACAGUUUAUAAAGGAGAACUGCUUCUGUUUUGUUUGAUAUUGUCAUAAUUAAUCCCUUGAUUCAAUUAGAAAAUGAUUCUGAGGUCACGUAAAAUCCCAACUUUAUCCUUGAAGGAUCUGCAUACACCUAGAAAGAAAUCGGAGGGUAAUAGUGCCAAAACACCACGGUCUGCAGCCCGCAUACCAAAGAGGGUGCAGCCAAAAUCUCCCUGUACACCAGCAGGAACCUUUGGAAAGAAGACAACGACACGGCAGACAAGCACCUGCUUGAAUUCUCCAGAUGAGGAAGAUCUACGGACCCCAAUGAGAGAGCGAUCAGUGAGAGUUCAUUUUCAAUUUGAUGAUCCCUUUCCUGGAAAACAGGAUCUUGUGUCCAGCAUCUACACUCCAGUGCUCACCUACCUCUCCACUCAGGAGGAAGACUCAGAUGACUGCAGUGCUCCUACCAAAAACCGCCUGUAUUUCAGUCAUAUUCCUGUUGACAAAACCAGAGAGGAUUUUAACCCAUACAAAUUUAUCUGCAAUAUCCAACAAACACCAUGUGACCAGCGACAGAAAAUGAAGGAUAUUCCAUUUAAAACUCGCAGUGCUCCAGAAAGCACACUCGUCCUGGACUUGGAUGAAAUCCUAAUUGAUAGCUCACUCCUCCCUCUCAGUGGUGCAGAUUUCACAUUUCUUAUCCCAUUUCAGGACAACUAUUACAAGGUUUAUGUGAAGCUUCGACCUCAUGCUAUAGAAUUCCUUGAGACUCUUUGUAAAGUGUACGAGAUAUUUGUUUUUACAACGGCGAAGAAGGAAUAUGCCGAAAAGAUCUUAGACAUACUGGAUCCUCAUAAAAAACUUAUUAGGCAUAGACUCUUUCAGGAUCAGUGUGUCUGUGUCGAAGGCCAUUAUGUGAAGGACCUAGGUAUUCUACAAAGGGACUUGGCUAAGACUGUUGCAUUGGACACUGCCCCUCAUAUCAUUCCUUACAAUCUUUCGAACAGGAUACCCAUACAAAGCUGGAAAGGUAGCAAGAAAGACAGAGGGCUGCUCUCCCUGAUUCCAACUUUGGAGGAAAUGUCAAUUGUGGAUGAUGUACGUCUUGUAAUCUCCCACCAGUUCAAAAUCAAAGAUUUGGUUGCUGAAGACUGAACUUAAGACAAAAACCUGCAGUAAAGUGGAUUUGAAGCAGAACCUGGAUGUGGAGCAGCUGCCUUGUUUGCAUAAGCUUAUAUUUUAUUUUUUUGCUCAGGCUGGGGAUGGUUGUGAAGUACAACAAAAUGUUUUCUGCACACAAUUUUUUUUAUUCAAUAAAGUCCAUAAAUCCAGUCUACAUAAA